AUCCUGCUCCCGGCGAGCGCAGGGCCCAGCAGAGCCGCCUGGCCGUCCGAGGGCUCCCGCGUCGGGGGCGGCGGGGAACCCCAGACACCGCCGGGCCGGGAGGGAGCCACGCGCCAAGCGAGCCGCCGCCACCGCCUCCGCGCCGCCCCCGUGGGCUGAGGGGGGCCCGACGCGUCUUCACUCCGCCCGCCGCCAGUCCCCGCGGUCCCGCCGUCCGCUCGCCGGCUCGUCUCCCGCGCGCCAUGCAGCCACCGCCUGCCCUGCGCGCGUAGGCGCCCGCCACAGGCCAUGCUGCCCCUGCUCGCCGCGCUGCUGGCCGCCGCCUGCCCGCUGCCGCCCGCCCGCGGCGGGGCCGCGGACGCGCCGGGCCUCCUCGGGGCGCCCCUCAACGCCUCGGUCAACGCGUCGUCUGCGGACGAGCCUGCCGCCCCGCGGCUGCUGGCCUCGGCUGCGCCCGGGGCCCCCGAGCGCCCCGGCCCGGAGGAGGAGGCGGCGGCGCCGUGCAACAUCAGCGUGCAGCGACAGAUGCUGAGCUCGCUGCUCGUGCGUUGGGGCCGCCCGCGGGGCUUCCAGUGCGACCUGCUCCUCUUCUCCACCAACGCGCAUGGCCGCGCCUUCUUCGCCGCCGCCUUCCACCGAGUCGGGCCGCCGCUACUUAUCGAGCACCUAGGGCUGGCGGCGGGCGGCGCGCAGCAGGACCUGCGCCUCUGCGUGGGCUGCGGCUGGGUGCGCGGCCGCCGCCCCGGCCGCCUCCGGCCCGCCGGCGCCACCGCCGGGACGCCCACCGCGCUGCCCGCCUACCCCGCGGCCGAGCCCCCCGGGCCGCUGUGGCUGCAGGGAGAGCCGCUGCAUUUCUGCUGCCUGGACUUCAGCCUGGAGGAGCUGCAGGGCGAGCCGGGCUGGCGGCUGAACCGCAAGCCCAUCGAGUCCACGCUGGUGGCCUGCUUCAUGACCCUGGUCAUCGUCGUGUGGAGCGUGGCCGCCCUCAUCUGGCCGGUGCCCAUCAUCGCCGGCUUCCUGCCCAACGGCAUGGAGCAGCGCCGGACCACCGCCAGCGCCGCCGCCGCCGCCCCCGCCGCCGUACCCGCUGGGACCACCGCCGCCGCCGCCGCAGCCGCCGCCGCCGCAGCAGCAGCCGCGGCCGUCACCUCGGGGGCGGCGACCAAGUGACCCGCCCCACUCCUCCCCUUGUCCUCCCUAUGUCCGCGCUCUCGGUGCCUUUCCCGCCGGGAGACUCGGCCGGUGUGCUUCGUGCAGUAGUGACCGUUAGUUCUUCCGGGGAGGGGUCCGCGGAAGAGGCCCCAGCGUGUGGGAAAAGCCAGGUUUGUGCCGCGCUUCUGGCUCCGAAAAGCAGAUGCAAGCCCUUGCCCUGCAGGGUGAGAUCCGCAGCUUGGAAGACGGAGAGGAGGGAAAUGGGGCCCUUUCCCCUCUUUGCGUCCCCCUGCCCUCCUUCCUCCCCGCACCCACGUGCCCUAUAUCCAUGGCAGAAAAUGACCAAAUCCUGUGUAUUUGUUUUAUAUAUUUAAUAACUGUUUUAAAUGAAAGUUUUAGUAAAAAAAAUCAAAUUGCUAUUGCUGUAGUAAGGGAAGCUCUUUGUAUCUGAACAUAGUAAUUGAAGUUUGUUGUUUUUUAAUUUAUUUAAAAGGGGGAGGAGGCAUGGGAAUGAUUUAACACUGAUAUAUUGUUACCGCUGAAAAUGAACUUUAUUAACCUUUUUCCAAGUCGAUCUAUCCAGUGACGUGGCCAGAUGGGCAUUUCUUCUUGUACUUCUGUGUUUUUUUGGCUUUUAAUACAGACAUUUUCCUCCAGA